AUGCUGCUUGGGCUCUCAGAAGGCCUCCCCAGCCUGGUCGAGGCAAAGUUUCUAGCAGCAAAGGCAUCGGCAAGCUUGUUGUUCUCCCCGACCGAAGUCGCAAUAAUACGCACGUCGACUGGUAUUCCUUUCCAACUUCGCUACUGUCCUACACUUGCAAAGAAACCCGUCCCAAAACAUGCAGAAUCUACACCCAGCCAAAAGAUCGAUCCUUUUGAUAAUCCUCCGGCAGCCCUCCACGUUGCCGACAUUCCUGUCACAAACCCAAGUCAUCUGCUUGUGCUGAACAAGUUCCCUAUCAUUGCUGAACACUUCAUCCUCGCUACAAAGUCAAACAAAAAGCAAACGCAUCUCCUCGAGCAAGACGAUCUAGAGGCGACCUAUGCUUGCCUUGAGGCAUGGCGAGAUGAAUCCGCUAGCAAGCAGAAGCGUUUGUUCGCCUUUUUCAAUUCUGGUGAACACAGUGGAGCAUCCCAACCGCAUCGACAUGUGCAGUUCUUGCCACUGGAAAAGAUGCGCGAAAAAGAAGCCGUCGGCAGCUGGGAUCUUCUGAUCGAUACCAUUCUGUCUGCCCCGAAGGCUGACCUGCAAGGUGACUACGAUGGUUUGUGCCAGCAUCCGAAUCUCCCCUUUUUACAUUUCGCUCAGGCAUUCGAGACUGAGCCAUCAGGAUCUCAAUUGCUCCAGACCUACUCCUCCUUGUACAAAGCAGCAAAAGCAGCAACAGACGAAUUCAUCGCUUCAAGCCCCGAGCGACUUGCAUUGCAUUCUACUGAAGAUGGCGACUCAUCGAUCAGCUACAAUCUGGCGAUGACUACCCAGGGCAUGGUCAUUCUUCCUAGACGCUGCGAAGGCACCCUGAUUCACCACGAAGAUGGCAGUGACGUUGGUUUUGUAGCACUGAACGGCACCACAUUGGGUGGUACUCUAAUGGUCAAACACUCGGCAGAAUGGGAAGUACUACGCGAGAGACCCGGGCUACUCGACCAUAUCUUGUCAGAAAUUGGCCUUCCACGACAGACUGUAGGCCCUAGGUCCCGAGUCUAA